UGGACAUAACGGCCAAACUAUUGGUUGACUGUGGCACGUGUUAAGCUCAGAUCCGACUGAAGUAUUUAGCUCAUUUGUUCCCGGGAAUACCAGGCUCAUAUCAGGAGACAGGGCUGCUGGAGUCACUCAAGGUAUAGUAUGAUUCGGAUGUCUCACUUGAGCGUGAACAUUUGUUCUCAUGUCCAUCUAUGAUUGUGUUUUGCAUGCAGAAUGAGUGAAGCUGUGGUUAGUGGGGUGAGGAGGUUGAGCACCAUCUCGGAGCAGGACGGGGACGCUGAAGUGGAGCCCGUGUCCCUCGUGUCCUCGGGGGACAGUGAGUGGGCAGGAUCCAGUGCUUCGCUCUGCUCGCGUGGAAAGCCCAGCGCCCAGAGCAGCUCCUUCACCUCCUCCGAGUCCUGUCAGCCGGACGCAGCAGAUGACUGCGCCUCCAUCCUGCUGGCUUGCCUGUACUGCCGCUUCUGUGACGUUAUGGCCAUGCUGCCUGACACUUGUGAGCGGGCUAUUGGCCGCUGCUUCCCCUCUUACAAGUAUUACAACACCUCGGAUGAGCCGUCCAAAGGAAAAGACUGGUGCAGCUGUAACGUAGAUUUUGACUGUGGUUUCAUCAACUGUCAAGAUGCCAGUGAGCUGUUAGAGCUGGCGAUGGAGAUAUCUGAGGUCUGCUACCGCUAAUAGCCUCUUAGCUGUCUGGAGAUCAGUGUAAAUCAUUCAGGACGGAGAUUCUCCAUCAGUGCUUAAUUCCCGAUUCCACAUGGUGUGCGUUUCAAAUGAGAUACAGUUACUCAUGUUGAAAAAAUGGUAAAUUGCCACCUCUUCUUUUUGGCAACAAAAUAAAGCAUUUUUGGGACAAGAUCAUCAUGUAAUUUAAGCAAAGUACUUGGUGAAUAUAUUUGUGAUUCUUCUUAAAGGGGUCAUAUGACGUUGCUGAAAAUAACAUUUUGUGUAUUUGGUGUAAUGCAAUGUGUUUAUGUGGUUUAAA